AACACCAGAGGAGUGGAAGAUGGACGGACAAUGAUGGGCCAAUAUACUACAGAGUCAACGAUGACAACACUGGACCAGAGCUCUUCAUGGAGGUCUGUGUGGAACGCGGAUGGCGGGUGUGGGAAGGCGCCAUCGAAGGCGACGACUGGAACGGAUCCGGACCUUCUUGGCACGUGUGGUGGCGGCACGGGUUUCCUCCGGGCGUCUACAGGAGGCUCAAGCCCUACCAGGUAAUCAACCACAUCCCUAGAGCGAACGGACUUUGCAAGAAGGACAGCCUUGCACGAUCCCUGCAGAAGAUGAAGCACGUCUUUGGGUCUAUAUUCGACUUCAUACCGGCCACUUACCUCCUCCCCUGCGAAUACACAAAGCUGGUUGCCGAGUACACGCGCCUCAUGUAUCACCAGAACAAAGCAGACCAGAGUGCCAAAAAUCAGAUGGCACUAGGUCAGCACGUCGGCCUAGGCGCCUCCUCCGCCCUGCCCUCAGGACAAAUGUCCGUGGAUAACACGCCCCAGAACAUUUGGAUCUGCAAGCCUAUUGGAAGCUCCCAGGGCCGGGGGAUAACUAUUUUCCAGGAUCUUCAUGAACUGAGCUACGGAUCGAGCGCUGUCGUGCAGCGUUACAUCGGCAACCCGCUUCUUGUAGGAGGCUACAAGUGCGAUGUUCGCCUCUACGUCUUGGUCACUUCCUUUCUUCCACUUACCGUCUACAUGUAUACCGAAGGCAUCGUUAGAUUUGGAACAGAAAAAUAUAACUUAUCUUCCCUCGACAACAUCUUCAGCCAUCUUACCAACACGUCUCUCAACAAGCUGGCUCCCGGUUACAGAACAGAGAAGGAGAGGGUUGGAGCAGGUUGUAAAUGGACCGUUCGUGAACUUCGGCGUUACUUGGAAAGCACUGGCCAGCGAGACUGGCUGCUCUGGCAACGCGUAUGUGUUAUGGUCUCUUUAACCCUCAUAACACAAGUUGGUCACGUUCCCCAUCACCACAACUGCUUCGAGCUCUAUGGUUUUGACAUUCUGAUUGAUGACACCUUAACGCCAUCUCUACUGGAAGUGAAUCGAUGCCCAUCGCUGAGCUACGACUGUGAUGUCGACAGAGUAGUGAAGAAACCUAUGCUGCAUCACCUGUUUGACCUCCUGGGUCCUCCCAAGGUGUCUGAGCCACUCGGAAGGGCGCUCAAACCCCCCGUUCUCAUUCUGUUGACCCGCGACAAGAACCACAACAAGAAAGAUGCUGACAAAGAGGUUUCCGUCAUCAGUAGUAAUGAUGUAUUCAGUGCCUUUGAUUCGCAUAAAUAUGACAAACUCAUGGAUAACAUUGAAAUGUACAAACCCACGGGCAUAAAGAAAAGGAACGCCAGAAGCAGUGUCUGCGAGGACUGUGAGGAGAGCUCGUACAGAAUCACCGAGGUCCCCCCUUCCGAAACGCGCUUCUCGUCCUCGGCGAGCUCUAGCGUCGAGAAUCUGCGGGAGAGCAAGAAAGAGUCGUUCAAAACCUCGACCUCCAAGGCCCUUAGUACGUCGGGUAGCUCUCGCGGCGUCGGUAGCCGUCGCCGCCGUUCUAUAUCAUCCUUUACCGGGACGACUCACGACCCUAUGGUGCCCGAAGAGCUCAGUCUGGACACUUUCGUCCCCGUGACCUUCAACACAACUUUCCAGAGGGUCCGCCGCCAGUUCCUCAACAGCCAGGGUGGUAAAAAUUUCAUGUCACUGAGCAAAGUGGGUAGAGGUCAAUUUCUUGACCUCUCCGGGCGACCUCGGCCGCCGUCGUCGAGGCGCGGCGACGGGCGAGGUCCUCAGCGAUGUCCGGCUCGAUGUGGGGACUGGGUGAGGAUAUUUCCCUACAACGCAGCGACGUUGCACGCGAGUAAGGACCCCCUCUACACCAAGACCCUGGUAGCCGAGCUCCACAAGUAUAAACGCCUCUGCGAAAAAGUGUUUCGAGAGAAUCCGAGCAGUUCAGACGACGCCCUCAACGCUCUGGUGCAGAAAAUCUUGUGGAGGGACAAUGUUAUCUGGGUGCCGAAAACGUAACCUUGAUUGCUAUGUAGCGACAGUGAAAGGGUUGUAAAACCGACCGUAAUCUUAAGAGAAUUUGACCAUAGAUUUAGUUAGGACAUCUACGUUGCCUACUUCUUAAUAUAGUUAUUCAUGUGACCACUGCCAAACCAUCUUAAAUACAUAUAAGUAGCUUAUAUAAAUGAGAGAUUAUAAUCUCACGUGAUUUUGUGCCUUUCCUUGGUGAGUCCAUUUGAGAGAUGGAUUGUUUAGUGAUAUUGUAGGAGUUUCCCUUUUGGAUUAGGUAUGUAGGAUAUGGUGACUCAUAUCGCCACCCUGAUAAUCUAACAGGUUUAUAUUUGCCUGUUUCAAUUUUUGAAGUAAGGAUAACAGUAUAUUAGGUCUGCUGCCAUAAUUUUAAAAGCUAACAGCUAAGUUAGAAUGGUGGGACUGUUUUUCCUCUGUACUGCCACAAACUUCCACUUUCUUCCUCUAUAUACGUAUGUCAAAAAAGACUUAGAAAUAGUCAGAACGUCCACCAUGGUAAUGUAGUCAGUUACGCAGCCACCUAUACUUAUCUUGUGGCUGAUUCCCUUCUUGUUUUGGGGGACUGUAUGGAAGCUGUGGUGUUAGAAUUAGUCAAAUCUAGUUAUAUCAUAGUUAUUCUGAAAAUAGUUUCUUGAAAUCUUGGGCGUAUGAACCUUUUUUUUUUUUUUUUUUUUUUUUUUGGUGUUAAAGGUUGCCGAAGCAGUUACGAAUAGACCAGCGCAGCCAGAGUAGUACUAUAAGACUUCUUGACGACGCUAAAACAAAAGAGAGACAGUCGGUAGUCUUGCCGAUAGCUUAUCAAACUAUCAGAACGUAUACUACCGUUAGUAUGUUCAGAAACGAUGGCAAUUAUUGACUCGUUUUAUCUAUUGCCGAGAUUCCCAGGUUUAUAUAAAAACAGGAUAGUAGCAACAUCAGCUAUCGAGUUCAAAAUCCCAACUAGAAUUCCGUUGUCUGUUUGUAUUCCUUUUACAUUAGCUAGCUGCAAGCAGACGAAUCACGGCUUAGCUUAUUAAAUGAAAAUGAUGAUAGGUUACUGCCAUAUAUUCAUUACUUAUAAUAGAUAACGCCAUGUCUCCCACGUACUAUACGUUAAAGAGUCAAUUAACGUUAUUGACAUCCUCCUCAAAGUUUAUGAUUCAGUUUAGACAAUCCACAGGCUGAGAAACGGCCGAUUUAGCUUGUAGGUAGCCUGCUUUAGACUCAUAGUUUAAUAGUUAGUAAGAUCAGAAAUAGAAUUCUCCUUCAGUAACACAUUUUUCCCAUCUACAAUCACAGAUUAUUAAUUAGAAUAAUUAAGAGUCUCCGUUUCUUCGAAAGCUAACUGGGAGUCGCCAAACCAUGUUUCUCUAGCUAGUACAAAGUAUCCAAAAAAACCGUAGUCUAUCAAGCCCUUUAGACAGCUACUUAAGUCUAGAGCCUUAAGACCUUCUAGUGAUAGCAGAAGUAUUGUGAUGCCCCUGACUGAGUCAGACUUUUCGUGGAAACUUCCCAGGGCAUUUGCAAUUUUCUGAGAGGGACUAACAAGAAACUAUAAGGAGAUGCAGCAACCAAUUAACAGAAGAGACCACAAUUUUAUCUUGAGCAUUCCUUUAUCAACAGUAACUAGUCUAAUCAGAAUGAAUGGGAAACCAAUAAGGUGUCCAAUUAGCAGUUUCAUGAAAUACAGAGAGAGAUUUCUAACCGACAACAGAGGGUAUUUUGAAUGGGUUGAAAAGCCACAGGAGUCAUCAGACUAGAGCAUCUCUUUGGCAGUGUCAAGGGCUACGAAAUUAAACCUUUUCCCCUCGUAAACUCACCCACAAUAUUCUGCUAUCACUGCAUAUGCUAAAAGAAAAAAUAACUUAUCAACAUUUCUUAAAUAUGUCUACUUGCUAAAAUCACUCAUGUUCGGUUUUCUGGGGAACUGAUGUAGGCCUAAUGUAUAAAAAGUUCAAUUAUCAAAUGCUAUUACUAUAAGACUCAUGAAGAAACUAUAAUGACGGAAGCAUCUGCCCUGAAAGUAUUAGGUGGCCUAGGAGUUUUAAAAAGCAGUCAAUGUUUUAGCAUCCGAGGACAGAGAAAGAAUAAAUUUUCAUGCGGUUGUUAUUGCCAAAUGCAAUUCAGACCACUGGAUUGUUUCGAUAUAGCCUUGAGAAAGUCGUUUCAAGGCACUCUAAUGUACCAACUCAAUUCAUUCACUCACUUGUUUUAUUAGCUAAUGAACGCAGCACAUGAGGUUUUCAGACAUCAGGAGACUUCUAACGAUAAUAUUUUAUGUUCUGGCCUCAAAUUACUGGUCAGUCGCAAGUAGCUCUUGGUUGAAUGGUGAUACAGCUUGUCGAUUAAUUAUGAGCAUAUGAGUAAUUGUUCGCUGAAAUUGCCAAUAUGCUAAUUGUUAGCAAUAUGUGAUACGUUAGUCACUGUUUGGUUAGUAACUGCAUGUGAAAAAAAAAUGUUCACUCAGCCUUACUGCCAACCAGUGAAUGCCAGUAGUUAAUCCGCCCAUAGCUUCGGUUACUGCUAAGGCACUGCAUGGAUCACAAUGUAGCAAAUGGCUUCAGUUGCAUUUGUAAGUACUUUAUGGUAACUUACGUCAAUUUCAAACUGUUCUUUAUGUAUACUGCUGGUACAUCUAUGAUGGUCUAAGGUAUUUAAGUGAUUACAGUUCAGUUUGGCAAUAGAAUAAUACUCAUUGGUUAUUUCAGAACUUCUUUGUUAGCAACUGUUGAUGUGUUGACGAACAAUUCCUUCAUUUCUCAGGAAUGUGCUGCUUUACCUUGUUAGAAAUUCUUUGGUGAUGCAAUACAAUAAUAGAACUCCCUUUAUCUGCAGGUUUCCUCAUGUUAUUGCAUAUAAUAAAGU